AUGGAUGUUCACGGUGCUGGAGUGGUUGCAGUUCUAAGCACAGUUGGAGCCGCUACCGGGGCAAUUUCUGCAGUGAUCGUUUAUACUAUUUGUGCGCGUCGUCGUCGAUUACUUACUUCGGUUGGAGGACCACUCAACUGGUUUGAAAAAGAUUUGUUAGAUAGAGCUGAAGAAGCAGCUAAAUCAUCAAAGAAUGUUUUAGCUGGUGUCGCGCUUUCACGAGAUAAUAAAAUUAUCAAACGUAAUGAUAGUCAUUCAGAUGAUGAUGAAUGGCAAUCUGAUCACGUAUUCGAUAGUAUUGCCAGUGAUUCUCCCAGAAGAGUUAUACAGCAUCUUUCGGAAUCAGAUGAUAUUUCUCCAUCUCCAAUGAGUCCGCUUGCACCACCUAUUCCGGAUGGCACAUUGAUAGCAUCUGAGAAACGCAUGAUAAUCGUCAGACCGCCGCGGAGUAUGGAUGGAUCUCACUCCAGAUUGAAUAGUAUCGAGAUCGAGUCAGCUUCACAACACAAGUUGUCAUCUUCCUCUUCAACUUCUUCGUCCGACGAAAUUAGAGGUGAAUUAAAAUUAGGAUUGAUAUACGAUACUAACGCUGGAAUACUUACUGUGAAACUUAUUGAGGCACAUGAUCUUCGUGCUCGAGAAUUGAGCGGCAUUGCAGAUCCUUAUGCCAAAUUACGUUUGUUACCUGAUCGUAAUAAUGUGUGGCAAACUACAAUACACAGGCGUACUUUGAAUCCUGUAUUCGACGAAGAUUUCAUUUUUGAAGUAACGCCUGUAACAUCAUUGGCUGAAAGAACAUUAGAAGUUUUGCUCUAUGACUUUGAUGCGUUUACAAGACAUCGUGGUUUAGGCUAUGUACAACUUCCUCUUUCUUCCGUGCCGGAUCUCGGUACAAACUUAGUCACUAUCGUACAACCAAUUUUACGAUAUGGAACAGAGGGCGGAUUUAGAGUGCCGCCACUGGGUGAAUUAAUGGUCUCCAUUUCAUAUCAGAUGUCUAUAGAGAAACUGACAGUUAUUAUUGUCAGGGCAAGAAAUUUACCCGUUCUCGAUGACCCCACGAAUGCUAAUUCGUAUGUGAAGGUAUCACUUAUACAAGACGGUAAAAAUCUUAAGAAGAAAAAAUCGAGUAUACAACAUGAGGCUACAAGUCCCGUCUGGAACGACAUUCUUACCUUUGAUACUAAUAGUGACAUAUUACCGGAAUGUAUCUUACAAUUUUCUGUACUACGAGCGAAUGGUAAUCUCUUAGGGAAGUGCGAAGUAUCAGGCUCGUGCCAAAGAGAGUUAUUUCAACGUGUGUUAUCCGGGAAAGGUGCUUCAGCACAAUGGUUGCCAUUGUCAGAACCAGAAGUACAACAAAAUGAUAACAGGAAUUAAAAAAUUAAAAAGAAAUUGCUAUUGGAAUCUGUGUGUGUAUAUA